UUCUUCCAGACAAGAUGCGAAGUGGCACCGUCUAAGGCGGCUGGCCCAAGACAGAAUCCUUCGUCCGGCGGUGCAGAGUGCAGUCAUCCCCAACAUGGACAGGAUCGCACAGGAGUUCGUCAUGAGGACCGACAUGCUCCGCUCUCCAGGAAGUGACGUCAUGGAGAGGAAUUACAAGGACGAGCUGCACUUGUGGUCCUUGGAAUCUAUCGCCCGCCUGGCCUUCGGUAUACGCGUUGGCUGUCUGGGGAUGAACUUGACAGAGAAUACUGACGUGAUGCGGUUAAUCCGCAGCACGCAGAUGUACUUCCGCUGUCUAGGGAAGCUGAUCUUCAGUCUUCCCUUGUAUAAAGUAGUCCCCACUCCCACCUGGAGGAAGCUGGCGGCAGCUCAGGAUACCUUCUUCCGAUUGUCAGAAAACUAUAUAAAGCAAGUGUUGACGGACUCCGGAGAUGGUGACCCGGAAACUCAGGACAGCCUUCUCUUGCACCUUCUGAGGAAAUCAGAACUCAGUAAGGAGGAAGUGAGCGCCACCAUUACAGACCUAUUCCAGGGUGGGAUCGACACGACCACCAAUGGCAUGAUGUACAGCCUGUUCGCCCUGGCUAAGAAUCCCGAGGUUCAGGACUUAGUCUGCCAGGAGAUCCGUACUCACCUGCCCGAGGGCGCGCGGGUCACGCCCGAGGUCCUGGGAAAAAUGAAGUAUCUUAAGGCGGUUAUCAAGGAAACGUUUAGGUUGUGGCCGGUAAUUUUCGGGACCGCCAGACAGUAUGACUAUGACGUUGUUCUAGGUGGCUACGACGUACCUGCAAAGACCGAAAUCCUGGUACACCAUCGCGUCAUGUGCCGUCAGGACAAGUAUUUCAGGGACCCAUUGACCUUUGACCCUACCCGCUGGCUCCGAGACGAGACAACAUCACGAGUUCCAACGUACCUGUUCAUGCCAUUUGGACACGGAGUGCGCAUGUGCAUCGGACGGCGGUUUGCAGAGCAGCAGCUGCAGCUCCUGAUCAUCCGGAUGUUGCAGCGGUUCCAUGUGGAGUGUGAGGAGGCGGAGUUGAGGCAGGUGUUCAGCCUGGUGUUGCUGCCCGACAGGAACCCGAGGUUCAUGUUCCGCCGCAGGCAGGGGGAGACGGCGUAGACGAGCGGGUGUUGGACUUAUCUCCGUCACGUUUAUUUAAGACUUAAGGGAAUUUUACGAAGUAACACUGCCUGUACAUGCUUUUUACGUGCUCAUUCGAUUGACUACAGGCGUUAAUAUAGAGGUUGAAAUAUACUUAUUAGAAAGAGAGUGUUAUUGACUAGCUAGCCUGACAAAUGUUAAGGAACAUCGGCGAAGAAAAGCUAUAUUUUAUCUUUUGAUAUAAAAUAUUUCCU